AAACGUGCUUAUCUGGUUAUCUCGGGACGUGAAGAUUUAACUGCGCCGCCGGAGCGGAUCCGAUCCGCGGAACAACGCACACCAGCCUUUCCUCUUUGGGCAAUCUCGACUUUUUUUUUGCAGGCCCAGAUCUUCUAUCCCCAUCGCUCAUUUCGCCACAGAUCCGGGGUUUAUAAGAAAGAGAGCAGCUUCACCGUCUUCUAUACCAUUUAGUAUCCCGUUUGGUGCAGCCAGGUCGUCCCUCCGCAUACCGACAUCAUGAUCAGCGCCGAUCCCGACGAGCCUAUUCACGUGCUCGAUCUUCCCCAGAUCCAUACUAAGCCCUCAGGCACCGAACUCAUCCAGGCUCUCAGUCUCUUGACAACGAAGCCGCGAAGCUUUGGUCUCAAAGCCCCUGAAGCGGUGAGGGCGCAGGCCGUCCACCCGGCCGGUAUCGCCCGCUAUUUGACCUCGAUCAUCUCGAGUCCCCUGGCAUGGCUCGACACCGAGGAGCUUCGAGAGGCUGUCUGGGACGCCGCUGCGGCUAGACUCAGCGAGCGCUCAGGUCGAACCGCAAUGCCCGCCAUGUCGCGAGUCUUCAUGAUCCCGACCUCCCAUGGCGAAGAAUACACGCUCACCUUGCACGAACCAUCCCUGACGAGCGACAACCUGGGCAUGAAAACCUGGGUCUCGUCCUACCUCCUCUCCAUCCGCCUGCACUCCCUCCUCGAAUCCCCCCCGCAACUCGUCCCCACCGCCACCACCACGCCGCAACUCCACCCCGAGCGCACCCUCCGCGCUCUCGAACUCGGCGCCGGCACCGGCCUCGUCGGCCUCUCCUUUGCGGCCCUCCGUGGCCCCUCCGCUAGCAUCCACCUCACCGAUCUCCCCGCCAUCGUGCCCAACCUCGCGCACAACGCGGCCCUCAACGUCGAGCUGCUCAACCGCACCGGCGCAACGGUCACCACCGGCGUGCUGGACUGGUCCGUGCCGCCGACGCCCCUCCCCACGCCCGCCGAGCAGUACGAUCUCAUCCUUGCCGCCGACCCGCUGUACUCGCCCAACCACCCGAAGUGGCUCGUCGACACGGUCACCCACUGGCUCAGCCGGGGGCUCAACGCCCGCGUCGUGGUCGAAAUGCCCCUGCGCGACGCGUACCUCCCGCAGGUGCAGGACUUCCGGCAGCGGAUGGGUCAGCUCGGGCUAGCGGUCGUCGACGAGGGCGAGGAGGUCGGCUACGAUGACUGGGAGUCGGCCGAUGGCGGGGCCCUCGAGGUUCGAUGCUGGUGGUCCGUCUGGGGGUGGAGUGAGAAGCUAUAG